AUGCAGCAAGUUCAUCCAGUUUCUAUUAAGCUUUCCAGACAACCAAGACCAGAGAAUCUUGAAGCUGGAAAAAGAGUUAGAAAGGACGAUAUGCGGAUGCCACCACACUCAGUAAAAGAUCUUGGGGCUGUGAGCAGGCAGGGGCAAAAGAUGGUAGAACUUGCCACAGAGGGAUUAAAAGCUACUAAAAACAGGGUACAGCAGAUUCCAAUAAUAAAUGUUGAAGACUUUGAUGUUGCUGGCAGUGAGAGGGAUCAAUCUUUUGACAUAUCUGAAGAAGAGCUCAAGGCUGCUGAGAAGCACAUCCAGUUCAUGUCUGAUAUCAGUUUUGAAGAUCAUAUUGAUGAUUUGAGUUUGGAACACCAUUUGGCAGACAAUCCGGAUAAAGAACUAGAGGUUCUCAAGAAGCAGAGACAGCAUAUGUUAGAGGCUCCUAUUGAAAACAACAUCAAGAAUGAAGACCAGACUAGACUGCAUAUAGGCAAAGAGAGAAUAAGUCAAAAUACUGGUGAUCUUCAGAUUGUCAAGAGGCAGAGAAGGAAAAUAACAAAAACUAAAAGCGAUGAUCUUGAAGUUAUCAAGAGACAAAGAAGGAAAAUACCAAAGACUAGCUGUGACAAUCUUGAGGUUAUCAAGAGGCAACAAGAGAAUAAGUCAAACACUACCACUGGUGAUCUUCAGAUUGUCAAGAGGCAGAGAAGGAAAAUAACAAAAACUACCAGCGAUGAUCUUGAAGUUAUCAAGAGACAAAGAAGGAAAAUAACAAAGACUAGCUGUGACGAUCUUGAGGUUAUCAAGAGGCAAAGAAAGAAUAAGUCAAACACUACUACUGGUGAUCUUCAGAUUGUCAAGAGACAGAUAAAGCAAAUAACAAAGACUAACAAUUAUGAUCUUGAGACUGUCAAGAGUUGGAGAAAAAAUAUUUCUAAGACUUCUUGUGACUCUCUUGAGGUUGUCAAGCAGCACAGAAAGAACAAUUCAAAGACAGGUGAUGGUUUUGAGGCUGAGGAGAGGCUGCAACAUCAAUAUUUUUCACAGCAAGCAGAUCAAGGUUUUGGAAAUAGGAAUAUUAGAAGUGUUCCAAAUACCCAGAUGUGGCAACAGGAGAGAAACUUUUCUGGGCUCAAUGGAUCUUUACAACAAGAUUCAGUUUUGAUUGCUGAAGAGCUCAAGAACUGGUUGAAAGAUAGUUUCCGGAUAAACAUGCUGGUGUUACUGUUCACCUUCAUAUAUCUCCCAAUCUACACAGCUUCACUCUUUUGUCCAUAUGAUACUUGUGAAAAAGGAGCACCAGUUUGCAUUUUCAAGUAUGUCCUGUUCUACUGGGCUCCUUUUAAUAUGGUUGCAAGGCUUCUCUACUGUUAUCUCAUCUCACUUUCAAUCAAACCUUAAAUUUGUUCAAUUGUUUCUUUGAAAAUCACUAUUGUACUGUUCUUGUAAUGUAUUCAUAAUAAGAAAAUAAAUAUUGAACAUUUUUAA